AUGGAGCGUCCUCCACGCAGUCCUCCCGGCAGACCGAGUCCGGCGCAUUCGGGGCCUGCUUCUUCCUCCUCCUCGCUCUCUGCCUACGGUCCGCUCCGUUCGCGGCUGCGCGGCGGCGAACUCCACGGGCGCCGCGCGAGGGAAGAGGGCGCGGAGGCGCGCGGCCGCCGCAGUCUCAGCCGCAGCGCUUCGCGCGAGCGCCUGCGGAGGGGGGCCUUGCCUACAGAGCGACAGCACUCUGAGUCCGCGUUCGGGGCGUCUCGGCGUCGGAAUUCGCGUGAAGGGAGACGCGAGACGCCCGGCGCGUGCGGGGGCCACGAGGCUCGCCCGCGUCUCGCAGCUGCGAAGCUCCCCCGCGAGAGCGCGCAGCACAAGAGGGAAAGGAGUCCCGCCCGCAGGCCGCACGGCCGGGGAAGCGACGACGAGGCGCGGCUCACGGAGGAGCGCCAGCGCCACAGAGAGCAAGCGGGGGGCGGCUUGGCGCGGCUCCUGCAGGCUGCAGCGGGCGCCUCGGCGGCUGCUGAACGCGAAGUGGAAGCCCGCAGGGAAGCGACCCUCAAGCGCGCAGCGGAGUGGCGGAGUGGCGGGACCAACGGCGUGGAACGCGAAGGAGGAGACGGGAGCUGGGACGUGAAGCACGAGAGGGAAGCUCCCCACGCGGCCGUUAAGGCGGAGGAGCGCGGCGAGCCGCCCGCCAGAGAGGAUCGCCUGCGCAGUCGUGGGCGCUUUCGAGACUCAGAGAGCUUCCUGAACCCGAAGCGAAACGGCGCGAGCGACUCCAAGCACGCCUGGGGGCGUGCGGCGAUGGAUACCGGCGCCGGAUUAUUGCAGGAUGACAGCCGAUAUGGACGCGACGGGAGCAAGGACGAAGAACAGAGACCAGUGCUCAAGCCGAACUUCGAGCCGUCGGGCUUGCUCAAGGAGGAGCAGGGCGAGAAUCUGAAGAACGGUGUCACACUCAAGCACACGGAGCCUGCGGAUGCAGCGAUGCCCACGAAGAAAUGGCGGCUAUACAUGUUCAAGAAAGACCGCACGAAGCCAGCUGCUGACGCAGCGACGCAGGAACCGGAUAAGACGCUUCACAUUCACCGCCGGUCUUCGUUCAUCUUCGGCAAAGACACUCGGGUUGCGGACAUACUGCUCAUGCACCCGACCAUCUCGAAGCAGCACGCAGUUCUCCAGUUUCGCAAAAAACUCGGGGACGUCAGUCCGUACAUCAUCGACCUCGAGAGCACAAAUGGCACGUAUCUCAAUGGCGCCAAGAUUGAAACCUGUCGCUACUACCAGCUGAGGGAACAAGACACUCUGAGAUUCGGGAAGAGCAGCCGGGACUUUGUGCUGCUACACACUGGAAGCGUGGCGGUUGACUUGAGCUACGACUUCUUCCUCGACUCGAGAAAGAACGAAGUGCAGAUGACCACAGACUGA